AUGGGUAAUACAACAUCGGAAGUUGCUUCUGGCGUUAAAGCUCAAAUAGGUUCAGGUGGACAAAGACCUGAACUCUAUCGUUUUGUUGAUAUGACUGGUGGUGGAGAAUUUGUUGAAAUAAUGCGUGUUGCAAAUCGAACAAAAGAUUAUACACAAAUUGAUUCACUGAUACAUGAACAUAUUCCAAAAUUUCUUUAUAAUGAUGGCGAAGGAAAAUUGAUAACAAUUAGUGAAAUUGUUAAACGACGAAAUAAUACAUUUAGUAAAGUUAAAAGUCUUGUUCCAACAUCGAAAUCACCUGAAGAAGAACAAAUAAAUGGAGACGAAACAAAAAUUGUUUGUUGGGAUCUUGAUCAACGAGGUGGUGUUGGAGAACAAAUUCUUCAUAUUUGUUUUCUUCAUUCAAGUCCUGUUCAUACAGCUUUAGCUAAAAGACUUCUACGACAUUAUCCUAAGAUGAUUUUUGAUUUAUACAUGGGUGAUGAAUAUUAUGGUGAAAAUGUUCUUCAUAUUGCUAUUGUAAAUGAAGAACCAGCAACAGUAAAAUUUUUACUUGAUGCUGGUGUUGAUUUUACACAACGUUGUUGUGGUAAAUUUUUUUCUCCAGAAGAUCAAAAAUCGAGUCGAGUGGAUAAUGUAGCAAAAGAAUGUCCUGAUGUAAGUGUUGCAACAGAUUAUGAGGGCUAUUGCUAUUUUGGAGAAUAUCCAGUUUCAUUUGCGGCUGUUCUACAACAAGAAGAAUCUGUAAGAUUAUUAAUUGCUAAAGGAGCUGAUACAGAUUGUCAAGAUUCAAAUGGAAAUACUGCUUUACAUAUGUGUGUUAUUAAUAAUCGAAUUGCUAUGGUUGAUUUACUUUAUGAAUUAGGUGCAUCAUUGGAUAUUAAAAAUCGUCAAGGUUUAACUCCAUUAACACUUGCUGCUGUUAAAGCUCAUAAAGAAAUGUUUGAUCAUAUUCUACAAAAAACUCGUACUAUAUAUUGGCAAUAUGGAAAUGUAACAUGCGCUGGUUACCCAUUAGAUGAUAUUGAUACAAUUGGAAAAAAUGGAUCAUUAAAUGAUACUAGUGCACUUAGUAUUAUUGUUCGAGGAGAAUCCGCUGGUCAUUUAGAUAUGAUGGAUGGUUUAAUUGUUCAAUUAUUAAAUGAAAAAUGGCGUACAUUUAUCAAAUUCAAAUUUUUUCAACGUAUGGCAAUAUUUACAUUUUAUUUUGCUAUAUGUCUGCUUGCAUUAAUUGUUCGUGGUUAUUAUCGUGUUCCAUCCAAUUGCAUUGAUCGUGAAAUAAUCGAUAAAGAAGAAACAGGCAAAUCAAUGAUAUCUAAUCGUUCGGAAUGUAUGUGUCAUUAUACAAAUUUUUUAUGGUAUAAUACUUUAACAGAGUAUGAUAAUCAGACAUUCGGAAAUAUGACUAUAAAAAAUAUAUUGGGUAAACGUCAAUUUGAACCAACGGCAUUAGCUCUUAAUUUUCUUGAUGGAUUAAGUGCUCUUGGUGCAUUAAUGUAUCUAAUUGUUACUAUCCGCGAAUUUUCUUAUCAAAAUUUUAAACUAGAUCAUUUUAUUUAUGUUAAUGAUCCAACAAGAGUUUUAUUUCUUUUUUCUUGUCUAUUAACAUUAGCUAUGAUACCAGCUAGAUUUACAUGUUCAAUAGCUCUUGAUGAUAUACUUUGUGUUUAUUCUAUACUUAGUCGAGCACCCUAUUUUUUCUUUUUUUGCCGUGGUUUUCGUUCAACUGGUCCAUUUGUUGUUAUGGUUUAUACAAUGAUUCGAGGUGAUCUAUUACGUUUUUGUUUAAUAUUUUUCGUAUUUAUGGCUGGAUUUUCUCAAGCAUUACACGUUCUUUUCGUACGUAUUGAAUGUGAAAAUGAUUUUACAACAGUUGUUAAAACAUUUUUUCGAAUGUUUUGUGUUACACUUCAACAAAUUGCUGAUGCAUAUAAAAAUUUUUAUUUACAUCCUAAUAUUGGAAUUCAAAUUAUUGGAAAAGUCUGUUUCGUAACAUAUAUUAUAACUGCUGCUGUACUUCUUGUUAAUAUGCUUAUCGCUAUGAUGGGUAACACAUAUGCUAUGGUAAAUGAACGAAAAAAAGAAUGGCUUCGACAAUGGGCUAAAAUAAUGUUAAUAGUUGAACAAUCUGUUUCACAAAAAGAACGUUUAGCUCAACAAUGGAAUUAUUCGAAAAAAAUGCCUGAUGGUUCAAGAGUAUUAGUAACAAGAUUAAUUCAAACUCCAGAUGAACGUCUUAGUAUUGAAAAUAUGGGUGGAGAUUAUUAUAGUCAACUUCGUAGACAUUUAGAACCAGAAAAUAUCUCAUUACAAUCGAAAACAAAAUCAAUUGCAGCUAAUUCACAACAAGGUUUAUCAUUACUUGGAAAUGGUCUAGCAAAAUUAAAACAAGAUUCAUUUCGUAAUCAUGGACUACAAGAUAGUUUUACUUCAUUUGAUAUAAAUGCACUUACAUAA